CCAACCAGUAGAGGCGCAAAGUUCCAAGCCACCCUCUGGUGUUUCCCAGGAAGCUCCAGCGUGUCGCCAACCAAUCAGAGGCGCGAGAUUUCAGUUCAACUUUUAUCGCGAGACCUCACCACCUCCUUUUCCCUUCUCCGUCUCGAGUCCAAGAUGGGAGUUGACAUCAGACAUAACAAGGACCGCAAGGUGCACAGGAAAGAGCCCAAGAGCCAGGACAUCUACUUGAGGCUCCUGGUUAAGCUCUACAGGUUCCUGGCCCGCCGCUCCAACGCCUCCUUCAACAAGGUUGUCCUGAAGAGGCUCUUCAUGAGCAGGAGCAACAGGCCUCCCAUCUCCAUUUCCCGCCUGAUCCGUAAGAUGAGGCUGCCCGGCCGUGAGAACAGAAUUGCUGUUGUCGUGGGAACCGUCACUGAUGACGUCAGGAUCCAGGAUGUCCCCAAGCUCAAGAUCUGCGCUCUGAGGGUCACUGAUGGCGUUCGCCGCAGGAUCUUAAAGGCCGGAGGCGAGGUGUUGACCUUUGACCAGCUGGCUUUGACUGCACCUAAAGGCCAUGGCACCGUGAUUCUGUCUGGUCCUCGCAAAGGUAGAGAGGUCUACAGGCACUUUGGAAAAGCUCCUGGAACUCCUCACAGCCACACCAAGCCCUACGUGCGCUCCAAGGGCAGGAAGUUUGAGAGAGCUCGUGGUCGCCGAUCCAGCCGUGGCUACAAGAACUAGUCUUUCUUUUUCCUGCAAUCUGAUGCUAAUAAAAGACUGGUGUGUCAAA